AUGGCCACCCCAAGAACGUCUUCUCAAGAGCGAUUUGCACAGUUCAAACUCGUGUUAUUAGGUGAAUCGUUUGUGGGUAAAUCCUCGCUGGUGACCCGGUUCGUCAAGGACGAGUUUCUCGAGCAGAGAGAAUCAACUAUCGGAGCAGCCUUCCUGACCCAGACUGUCUCUCUGGAAGACAACAAGACAGUCCGGUUCGAGAUUUGGGAUACUGCCGGACAGGAGCGAUACAAGUCGCUGGCCCCCAUGUACUACCGGAACGCCAAUUGUGCUGUGGUGGUCUAUGACAUUACACAGGCCUCGUCAUUGGAGCGAUCUAAGGCAUGGGUCAAGGAGCUCCAGCACCGAGCUGCUGACGGAAUCAUUAUUGGCCUUGCCGGAAAUAAGCUGGAUUUGGAGGACAAGCGAGAGGUGCCUACAGAGGAGGCUCGAGCUUACGCCGAGGAGGCUGGUCUUCUGUUCUUUGAGACCUCGGCCCUGACAGGAGAGAAUGUGCUGGAGCUGUUUACAGAAAUCGCACGAAAAGUGCCAUUCGAGAACUCCACCGCAAGACCCAGAAUGAGCGCCAAGGGAGUGGACCUCAAUAAGAACGGAGGAACCGAAGCCCAAGGCUGUAAUUGUUAA